AUGGUAAAUGUGCCCGGUAGAAGCAAAGGCUGUGCUACCUGUCGACGCCGGAAAAUAAAGUGCGACCAGACGUUUCCCCAGUGCGUAAAAUGCACUAGAAUAGGAGAAAUAUGUCCUGGACCAAGGACUGAGGCGUUCUUUGUCCACACCACAGCCUCAAAAGAGAACAGCCAGGCGAAUAGCUCGCAGCUUAUCACAAAGCGUGAUGCUGGCCAAUAUUUAGCGCUGCCAGAUGCGCGGACGGUGCAUGCAUGUCGCGCGGAUGCAUUUGAUCAGCUCUUUCUAUGUCAUUUCAUCGAGUCCUUUGGCAAUUUCAAGUCAAAAAACGGCCCAGACGCGGACUGGCUCGCCUUGCUUCCCGUUAUAUUUCGCCAGUCCUCCGACGGUUUAUCAAAACAUGCUAUUCGAUCUACGACAAUGGUGACAUACGGUACUUGGGCACGCGAUGCUUCGAUUCGUUCUGAUGCGUACCAGUGGUAUGGAAAGGCCCUUGCGUCAUUCUCUAACCUUCUCUCGCUGAAGCAAACCAAUCGACAGCUCCGCUUGGAAAGUGCUAUUUGCUCCGCUGUAAUGAUGAUACACUUCGAAACUUGGGCCAAUACUACAGAAAAGAGCUGGCACCAACAUGUUCAAGGGGCGGCAUCUCUGUUAGAAGAAAUGGGUGCUAAAAAUUGCCAGGUUGGAUUCCUUCAUGGCGUGUUUAGGCAUCUACGAAUGCAAGUGUUCAUUGUAGCGAUGGAAUGUGAAUUAAGGCUCCUACUUGCAUCUCCAGAGUGGAUGACCGUUCCAUUCCAGCACCACCCAAAAGAGGCCUUUGAUGAACUUAUAGAUGUGCUAUUCUCGACACAAAAGAACUUGAAAGCGGCAGAUGGGUUGCGACAAGUUGCAGACGAUAGUUCAUAUACAACCACCCGUCUAGAAUUAAUAGACGAUGUAGCUGAGACUCAUCAUCUAUUAGAGCAGUGGCGAAAGCGACACUACACGACCACGGGUUUGGAGACCGUUCGGAGCAUCGUACGCCAAUACGACGCCCCUCUGCCUUUUGAUUGCCAGAAUGUUCUCAGUCAUGAGCAAACAUGGCUAGUUCCUGCGGCUGCACUAAUGGCGCUAGAAGAUGUGGCUACCAUGAUCAAUGUCACGCUUUUACGGGCGACCAGCGGUAGCGAUAUCAUUGAGAAAGACGACCUUGCACUAGGCUGGGACAUCUUACGCGCAAGUUACUUUGUAAGAGCCGUUCCAGGAGCAUCCAAAGACAUGGGUCCAAUGAUGCUUCUGCCACCUCUCAAAAUUGCGAGCAUCUGGUCAACAGACGACAACGUCCGCAAACUGGCACAGGCUGAGCUUGAACAUGACCCUACCACGAAAGGUGCCUUGGGCAACCUGGCCCAACAGGAUGCUGGCUUCUUUGCUUCGCUUGCAACACAUCUUCGACGCUCGGGGCAUUAG